AUGCCAUCGCAAGACAAACCUAGACGGGCCGCUGCAAACCCGGAAUUGAACCCGUUCUUGAGCAAGGCGCUAGCCAGAAUAUACGGCGACGACGCAUCUGUGGAGGUGCGAUCGCCCGAGCCGUCUGUUGACGAGGAUAUCGAAUACUGGAAAACAUUGGCCCAGCGGGCCAACAUUCCUCUAGAAGACCCUGUGCGGGAGCAGGAGCCCCCUGUGACACACAGAGAGCAACAGCAGCAUAUCGGAAAGCCAUUGAGGAGCGCAUUUCGCAAAGAGAGUGCCCCUGUAGAGGCGCCGUUGAAACCCAUUCCGAGAAGACGCAACGACGAAUUCAGCUGGUAUCGCGAGUCGAAAAAGCGCUAUGCCAGAUAUCUGGCGGCGUCGGCGCGCGAGGAGCGCGAAUUGUACGAGCAGAUCCACAGGGAGUACAUUGCAGAGCGCGAGAGGCUGCGAAGGCUCGAGGAGGACGAAAGCCGGGUGGCCAAGCUUGCGCAGCUGCUUAGGGAAGUUAGCGAAAAUAAGGAGGUGCAGGGCCCAGAGAAAGAAGGAAGGGUGGAACAGAAGAGAGACGAAGAAAAAGAGGAAGAAAAAGAGGAAGAAAAAGACGAGGAAUCAGAAGAGACCGGUGAGGACGGAGAACCAGAGCCUGACAAGCAGCAACAGGAGAGCGCACAAUCCGACAGUUCCAUCGAGGUGAUUGAGCUGGACUCCGAAAGCGAGGAUUCCGAGCAAGCAGAGCCGGAGGACUCUGAAGAGCAGCCGAAGGUGGCGGACCGGUUUGCGGGCAAGCGACUUCCUCCAAUAAGCAACUACGUGGUGAGCCAUUAUGGCGAGAGCGAUGGGGAGAGCGAGGAGGAGAGCGAGGAGAACGCGGAAUACAGCGAAGAGAACGAAGAAGAGAGCGAAAUGGGAGAGAGCCAGGCAGAGGAAAGCGAGGAGCCGAGUGCAGAGAGCGAGCAAGAGAGCGAACAAGAAUUUGCCGAUAAUGAAACCGGGGGUGAAACGGGAGCCGAAGUUUCUGAGAGUUCUAGCAAGCCAGAGAUGCACCAACCUGUGGAGUUUCAGGAAAUCGACCAGAUCAUGUCUGAAGCAGAUAGCAUAUUGAACCAGCCGGUUGCGAACGAAUCACUUUAUUAUUCCUACCGUGAAGAUGAGCAGCAGGGCGAGGUUCCCGACUGGACCCAGAUCGCGCUUCUUGCUCAGCAGGAGACAAGCGUUUAUGACGACGUCGUUGACGAGACCACCCGCAUAGAGGUGAGGGCGGAGGAGACAGCAGAAACGGAGGAGAAAGAACAGCCUGAAGAGGAAGGACUCGCUGAGGCAGCUGAGGGAGCUGAAGAAGUCCAGGAAGCUGGAGUAUCUGGCCAAGCUAGUGCCGAGGAAUCGGAGAUUAUGCCGGAGGUGUUUGAAACCGCUAUUAUGGACACUACAGAGUCUGAGCCGUCUGUUCCAGCCAAGAAACACAAAACUCCUCCGCCCGUGGAGCUGCCAAAACGCGUGCCUAGUCCAAAGUCGCCGAAACUAAACCCUGGUCUGUUGGAUCUUUUGUCGGGCGCAUUCGAGGUGCACAACAAGGCCAGCGAGGAGAGCGAGCCGGUAGUCUCCGAGAACACCGAGAAGUCUGUGCAUUUCGUGGAGCCAGGUCCGGACGUUAGCGAGGAGCCAGAGCCGGAGCCAGAGUCCAAUGCGAUAAACGCAGAGAGCACGAACAUCGAGCAUGAGGAGACAGCCGUGGAGGACGAGACCACGGUGCUUGUGACUGCGCCCGAGCCUGAGGCGGAGACGUCGCAGAAAUACGACGCCGAGUCGACCUUUCUGGACACGGCGUACGAGACGGCGAUGGACUCUGCGACCGAAGACCUUGAAGGCAGCGACGAUCCUGCAAUCGAGGUGGUGGCCGAGUCGUCUGUGAUUGAAAACGACGCCGGCGACGCGUCGAUCGACAGUAUGGUCGACCAGGAGGCGUACGCGACGGCUUUGCUGAACACGACGCAGGCAGAUGAUGACACCGAGUCGUUGCUUGCGAAUCAGACGGUGUACUACGACGACGAGAACGCGGACUCCGAGGAAGUGAUGGAGACAGAGUCUGCGGAGUCGCUCGCCUCGGACGAGGUCGAGCAGGCGAUUACGGAGGAGUACGGCGAGGAGAUAGCAGGCAAACGGAAGCAGGAGGAGGCGGAAUCAGAGCAGGAGCCAAAACGUGCCAAAGUGCAGACGGGAUUGCUUGACACGCUGGAGCAGUUUGCGUCGGAGGCCAUGAUGGAUAUCUCGACUCCUGAAGUUGAUGUCAGGGAGACAGAGGAGACGAAAGAGGAUGGAGUGCCAGAGGAGAAAGAAGAGAAUGAAGUACCAGAGGAGACCGAGGAGACGACUGUUAUUUGUGUUUGUCCAGAGAGCGAGGAGCAGGAGGAGAGGGAAGAGGAGAAAGAGGAGGAGAUGAAGGAGUUGAAGCAAGAGCAAGAGGAGAAGCAGUUGGAGGAAGAGACGGAGAACGGACAGACAUACGAGGAAGCGCAACAGCAGUCUGCAAAUGAAGAGCCUCAGACUGACAGUUCAGGUUCUGGACCUCAAUCAGACGCAGGCUCUGCUGAGCCGACAGGGUUUUUCAGCUCCUUGAGAGAAUUUGUCUCUGGAACGAUGAUGGAGAUGGAAAGCGACGGCGACCGGAGGGAUGUUUCUGAGGUGAGCGAAAAAGGGCAGGUCGAGGACAGGGAGGCUGUGGAACAAUCUGAAGGGCAUGAACAGGAUGAAGAUCACUAUGACCCAGAGAAUGUUUCAGACAAGGACCUCCGUGAAGAAGUGGGGAGCGAAGAGGUGCCGGAAGAGGAUUUGAAAGCACAAGAGCAGGAAAAUGAGGCUCAUCAGCAAGAGAAAACGCAGGAAUUGGAUCUGCCAGCAGAAAUGCAAGCAGAGGACGCUGGCGAGGUUGCAGAGCAUGAAGAGGAGGAAGCGCGCGAUGAAGAGCCCGCAGAGCCCGAGGAACACACGGAAGUCAUUCACGUUCCUGCAGAGGACUCCCAUGAGGAGCAAAGCGAAGAAUUGGCGGCCGAGACUGCCGAAGAAAGCUCGGCGCAAACGGAGGCGGAAUCAGAGGGCACAGAGGAGGCUUUUGCGGAAACUCCGGAGGAAGGCCCCACACAAGUCCCUGGAACGCCUGAAGAAGCCCUGGAACAGUCAAAUGAACAGCCAGCACGGGAACAAGAAAAAGCAGCGCCCAUUUUCUCUAGCUCGUCAUCUCCAACGCCCGCAGACGACGACACCAACUGCCCCGAGUCGCGAGUUCCAGAACCGCGCCCUGAAUCUCGUGGCUUCCUUGGGCUGCUCUCGGACUUCGCUUCCGGGACGCUGGCAGACAUUUCUCCGAACGUGUCCCAAAAUGAGCUAUCUGAGCCUGAUGCAGAGCCGGAGGAGGCAGAGGAGACAGCAGAGGCGGCAGAACAGACUUUUGCAGAUGAUCGGGUGGAAGUGAAGCAGGAGCAAGAGCAGGACGAGAAAACGGCAAUUGCGGAUCAGCCAGUGCUGAAAGACGAACUUGAAGAACCGGUGCAAACAAUCACAGUCAAGCCGGACCCUGCUUCUCUGGAAUCUUCUCCAAGGUCGUCGCCGGAGGUCUCUCCUACGGCCUCUCCAAAGCUUUCUGAGACGGAGGCUCCACAAAGGGCCGACACCGCUGAGCCCGAAGACAUUCCUGUAAUCCAUGUUCCUGCAACAGAAUCUCCUGCGGAGCCCCAAAUCACCGUCAAGCCCGAAUCAGUAGGCUUGUCCCUGGGCGACGUGCCUCCUUUGACCGCAGAGACGCACUCUGCGUCUGAGCGGAGCAGGGACUCGUCGCCUGCAAGACGAACGAGAGGCCGUUCUCAAAAGCGCCACAGCUCAGAACCACGCGACAGCGAGAGCGCAAAGAAACAGCGGCGCGUGGUUUCCGACUCUGAAACCUCGCGCAGACCAAAGUCGCGGCCGUCGUCCAACGGCGACAGGCUGUACCGUGCCAAGUCGCCUAUCAAGAUCGUCAGCAGCGGAAUGUCCACACGCAGCGGCCGCGUGCUCUCGUACGAGCUGGAACAGAAGCGCCGCGAGCUGAGCACUCCGCCCCCUGCCACUCUGCCCAAGGCGGUGAAGGACCUGGUGGAGGAAGCCGAGUUUUUCAUCGAGGAGGAGAAAGCGAAGGAGCUGAAGGAGCUCGUUGACGAGGCGCAGCGGUUUGUCGAGGAGCCUGUCCGAGAAAUCAAGGUGGAAAAAACUCGCAAGCCGAAGAGCACUCCGGAGCCUGAGCCUGAGCCUGAGCAUUUACCAAGGCGUACGUCGCGGCAGGCGGGCCGCGUAGCUGCGCAGGCAGAGCCUCCUGCGCGAAUCCCGCCUCCGCGCCGAACUCGCAGAGCACCGAAGGACAAGAAGCCCAAACCCAAAUCGAAGAAAUAG